CGUUCUUUAUCAGAAUUCCAAAAACAAAACCCCAAAUUAAAAUAGAAAACAACGAAAGAGACAAAUUAAACGGCGAUCGCCAUCACAAGCUCCAGCGAUCAAACCCUCGAAAAAUCCCAACAUGGAUUCUUCGUCCUCCUCCUCCUCAACGGAGCCAAAUUUCCACGAUUUUCUUGCUCGAUUGCGCAAUCCAGCUUCUGCCGAUCUCGUCCGAUCCAUUAAAAGCUUCAUUGUGUCUUUUACGUUCCAUACAACCAAUACCGAAAAUGACAGCAGAAAGUUGCAAGAUUUUCUUAUGACAAUGAAGGCUAAUAUAAGGGAGCAUCCUUUGUGGAUUAAUUGCACCGAUGAAGAAAUAGAUAGUGCGCUGUUGAGGGCCUUGAGAAGUAUGUCAUGAAAAAAUUGUUCAGCCGCACGUUUGCUUCAUGUCCAAGGAUGUUAAAGCAGACUUGGAGCUAUCCGAGAAAAUUUGCUUGCUGCAGCAUUUUAUCAAGCCUGAUCACUUGGAUGUGCCUAAAUCUCUUCAGAAUGAUGCAUCUUUGCUGGUAUGGUAGAUGAGAUGAGGUGACUUUUUAGUAGAUUGUAUGCUUAAAAUAUCUUCUUUGUAGCGAAACAAAUAAUUUCACCAUGAUUUAUUCCUUAUAUAUCCUGCAAUUCGCGUGGUUUGAAGUUUCAGUGUACAAGAAUUUUAUGGUUUUACCUGUUAUAUAGUUGUCAAAUUUCUAUAGAAUCUUGACAAAUUUACAACAAAUGUUCUUUUUGUUCAUUGAAUGAGUGUCCGCCUGGGGAUGCAAAUCAUGCUGGUAGGGUCAGGCUAAAUUCCAACCUAAGAUUGGAAUAUUUUUCAACCCAAGCUCAAUCUAUUAGGUCGUUAGAAACGAGCUGGGUUCGGUUAGUUUAUUUGGGUUAAGCA